AUGAGCGGAGCGAUGCAGCCCGGACACAACGAGCAGGUGGCUCCUGUUCAGGUGGUAGACAAGCCGUUGGGUGAACACCAUGAGACGACAGUCGAGUAUGUCAAAGAGGUCAACGACACCAUUGCCAGAACCGAUUCUCACCUCGACGACACCCAUGUCGCGCUCGGUUGGAGAUCAUGGCUGGUGGUGCUCGUCACCAUGUUUGGCAAUUUGACCCUGGUCUUCGUAGUCGUUGCAGCUGGCUCGGUUAUCGCCUUCAUCAUUCGAGACUUGGGCCACCCUGGACUUGCCGGCUGGAUCAUUCAGGGCCCGCUGCUGGUGCAAAGCGUUCUGUGUCCCAUUAUAGGGAGGCUGUCCGACGUGGUUGAUCGCAAAUAUCUCGCAUGUAUCCAGCUCUCGGUCGCCUUCGUGGGGUCCGUCGUGUCUGCCACAGCAAACUCGAUGAACACUUUAAUAGGAGGAGGGAUUCUCAUCGGAGUGGGAUUAUCGUCCCUCGGCAUUAUUGUCGCCAUUCCAGCAGAGGUUCUUCCCUUGAAGUUCCGCGCUAUAGCCAAUGGAGCCAACUUCCUCGGUGGCGCGUUCGGAGGCCUCAUCGGACAACUUGGAGCCGGUGCUGUGACAAACGUGGAGAAGGACGGCUGGCGAAACAUUUUCUGGAUGCAAGCCGCUUUCCACGGUGCCACGGUGCUCAUGCUCCUGGCAUUCUACUUCCCGCCCAGACGGUCGGAUUAUCCCAAGAUGACUCUUGCCGAGGUCUUGUGGUCGCUGGAUCCCAUCGGUGCUGUCCUCUUUGUCGGCGGCGCGACCCUGACCAUCCUGGCGCUGGAUUGGACGGGAGGCUCGUAUGCAUGGCACGACGCUCAUGUCAUAGCCCCGCUGGUCGUUGGAAUCAUUCUUCUCAUACUCUUUGGAAUAUACGAGUGGAAGGGAAGGACCGAUGGAAUUGUUGCUCAUGUCAUGUUCAAGAACGGCUACAAUUUCCCUCUCGCGGUCUUUGCUUUCGCCGUUGAAGGAUGGAUCUUCUACAGCGCAGUCAACAGUGUGACUCCUCAAGUCAUACUGAAUCUCGGAUGGGAGACGUCGUCCUGGCGCAUCUCCAUCCGCCAGCUCGCCUAUCAACUCCCAACCAUAGCCUUCUCCAUUCCCAUGGUGCUCUACUCGACCAAAUUCAAGGAUCUCAAGAAUCCCCUCAUUUUCACAUACACCGUCUUCCUCGUCGUCUGCAUCUGCUAUGCAACCAUCAAGCCCACCGAAAACGGCGCUCAGUAUGCCUUUGCCGUGCUCGCCGGGAUCGGUCAGGCGGGGCCAUUGACCUUGAUCCUCGCACUGGUCCAGUUUGCCGCGCCGCACGCCUUCAUCGCCACAGCUUCGGGCUUUGCCUUGUCCGCUCGCGCCAUCGGAGGCGCCUUUGGCUCGGCUGUCCUCGAUGCCAUCAUCAACGGUAAGAUCGACGCCACCCUUGUUCGUGAUGUUAGCAAGGCUGCCACCGGGGCGGGCUUACCAGCCAGCUCGGUGCCGGACCUGCUGAAGGCUAUCCAGGCAGGGGAGGGAUUCGACGCGGUGCGAGGCCUCAACGGCACGAUCUUGGACCAAGCCCUGAACGCGCGGGACUGGGCUUAUGCACGCGCAUACCGGCUGGCGUGGGCGAGCAUCAUCCCCUUCGUGGCCUUGGCCAUUGUCGCAGUCAUCUUCAUCAAGCAUGUCAAGGAGCUCAUGACCGAGCACGUCGAGGCCAGUGUGGAGCGGCAAGCUGCCAGAACACGGGCAGAUGAGGAGAUGACCGAGAAGUGA